UAACUGGAGACACGGUUACACGAAGCGUCUCCGUGGCUUACGCAGAAGAGAGUUUCCUUUCUCAUUCCUCAUUCUCUCUGCAAACUCUACUUCAGAUUUUGCUUAACGGUAAUGGAAGCAGCAAAGGUUCUUUCACACUCCAAAACUGCCCCUUUUGGUUUCUCUAUCGUGAGCAACAAAGUGUCUCUGAGACCUUUCAACAAACACUUUCAUGCUGAUAUGAUUGCUACCAAGAGCAUUAGUUUUCGAUUGAAUUGUAUCAAUGGAAACCCUUUUUCCUCGUUUUUGAAACCAGCAAGGAAAAAGGCUGAUUUGUUACCUUCUCCUAGAUGUUCAAUUUCCAGUAAUGCCACCACUGAAUCUGACAAUUCAGUCCUAAAUUACUUCAGAAAUCUCUCAUUUGAUUCAAUUAAAGUUACCCUUCUGCAGUUGACAUCAAUUGAUAUUGUCAAGUGGUCUGGGAUAUUAUGCAUCAUAACUGCAGCCACAAAAUGGACUAUGAAUAUGUUUUUCAAUCCCUUCUUUUGGAUGUAUUUUAGCUGGACUUGGUUAUUCUGGCCAUGGUUAGUGGCCACAGUGCUUGCAGUCUAUGGGUUAUAUAGUUUUCGGAAACAUGUGCUUGGCGAGGCAAACAUAUUUGAGCAAUUGGCAAUUGUUACAUCAGUUUUUACAUGGCUCACUCUUGUUCCACCAGGUCAUUUCAAUGGCUACCUUGAAGGCUGGCCUUUUGUUUUCUUUUUUGUGUAUCAUUAUUUCUUUUUCUUCAAUGUUAGCGUUCGAAGGCGGUUAUAUGGAGAUUAUUAUGCACGGCCCCAUGAUCCAAAAUGGGACGUGAACUUGCCGAUGUGGUCUCGCCUAUUGUUCAGCGCAGGAGUCAUGGCUGGCCAUUGGCUUGCAGCAUUUGAAGGGCCAGAGCUUCACCUCAUACCAGGUGGGUGGAGUAAUCUUGGAAUCUGGGCUUUGAUUAUCACAACUCUGCUAAUGCAGUAUAAGGCCACAUUGUAUCUUGCUAACUAUUCAGAAAAUGUGGUGGAACCAACCGCAGUUGUGCAAUUUGGACCUUAUCGCUGGGUCCGUCAUCCAAUUUAUUCUUCAACAAUGCUUUUGUUUGUAACGUACUGCCUCGCGCUUAGAGCACCUUUGAGUCUGCUAUUUGUUGUAGCAGUUUGUUUGUUGUACUAUAAGCAGAAGGCAGAGAUGGAAGAGGCUUUGAUGAUUGAGACUUUUGGCCAGAUUUACACCGAAUAUGCAAGCAAAGUUAAGUUCAAAUUUAUCCCUUUUAUCUAUUAGUUGGUCUCCGAAAAUGUAGUUGUCAGUCAUCAAAAUCUGGUUGUAAUGUCAGGUUUAGGCAAAAGAUAGUGUCAAUUCUUUGUUUACUCAUUACUCUGUUAUCUUUAGUGUGUUUAACCUGAUAUUAAAUCCUAUGGCAUUCUGUGCACUUGUGAUUGUCUAUUGAAUAUUUAGGUUUUCAUUGAUGUUUUGCUUUAUAUGUAGCUUAGGUGGUUUACUGUGUUUUAGUU